AUGAGAUCAGCCCGCCUGGUGCGCCAUACUACCGCUUUGCGACCGGCGCUGACCGCUUGUCUGACUCUGGGGUUUUCUCAAACAGCUCGCUCUCGUGCUAGCGCAUUGGGGCCGGCUUCGCUGGCUGCGGCCAACAGCCUGCUUUACAAUGGCCGAGGCAUCCCAGCCCAGGUGUCGGCUCUCGCUAUUCUUCUCCCCCAGCGCGGAUAUGCUACCGAGCACAACACUUCGACCUCGUCGCCCCAGUCAUACCCGCCGCCCGGCUUCAAUGCCGAACAAGCGAAGAAGCCGCUUCCUCAGGAUCAAGCUCAGUCUGUCAAGCCUGCUGCACCAUCGCCGUCGGAUGUCGCCAAGGCCGCAGCCCGUGGUGUCCCUACCAAGGCUGUCCCGGCGGAGAGUGCUAAGAAUCUGUCUGAAGAGAAGAAGGAGACUAAGAAGUUGACCAUUGGUCAGAAGAUUAAGAAAGAGGUCCAGCACUACUGGGAUGGCACGAAGCUGCUUGCCACGGAAGUCAAGAUCAGUUCCCGGUUGGCACUGAAGAUGGCCGGUGGUUAUGAGCUCAGUCGGAGAGAGCACCGCCAGCUCCAACGUACCGUCAAGGAUCUCGGCCGUCUGGUUCCAUUUUCCAUGUUCGUCAUUGUUCCCUUUGCCGAACUACUGCUCCCUGUCGCCCUCAAGCUUUUCCCCAAUAUGCUGCCCAGCACCUACGAGGGCCAGAAGGGCCGUGAGACCAAGGCUCUCAAGUUAAGCUCCACCCGCAAGGAAGUUUCUGCCUUCCUCCGUAACACACUCCGUGAGACUGGUCUGCCAUUGACCGCAGCUACUGUCAAGAACGAGGAGUUUGCAGACUUUUUCCGCAAGAUUCGCACUACGGGCGAGUCGCCUUCUACCGAGGACGUUAUCAAGGUCUGCAAGAUCUUCAAGGAUGACCUCACUCUCGACAACUUGUCGCGCCCGCAGCUGGUCGCUAUUUGCCGUUAUAUGAACUUGAACUCAUUCGGUACCGACGCCAUGCUCCGUUACAAUAUCCGUCACCGUAUGCGCCAGAUCAAGCGCGACGACCGGGCCAUCUCCUACGAGGGAGUGAACUCGCUGUCCGUACCUGAGUUGCAGAUGGCCUCUGCUAGCCGUGGUAUUCGUACCCACGGUGUGUCCCCGGCCCGCCUGCGCGAGGAUCUGUCCAUGUGGCUGGACCUGCGUCUCAAGCAGGGUGUUCCAUCUACCUUGCUGGUUCUGAGCAACGCCUAUAUGUAUACCCAGGGUGGCAAGGAGUCCGAGAUGGCCUCUCAGAUUGAUGCGCUCAAGUCGGUACUCUCGAGCAUUCCCGAGGAACUGUUCCACGAGAUCGAGCUUGAGGUGCACAACGCCGAGGGCGCUGCUACCAACAAGCAGCGUCUGGAGGUUAUCAAGGAGCAGGAGGAGCUGAUUGAGGAGGAGAACGAGCAGAACAGCGAAGGCAAGGGUGUGGCUGCUCCCAAGGAUAUCGAUGAUAUCGAUGAGAAAGAGGAGCACAACAAGCACGAAGCCGCUGCUGAAGCAACCGAGGCUAUGGCUGAGGGCGAAAAGGUUGCGCAGACUCCUGCUGCUAAGGAGGAGAGCAAGACGGGCCAGAGCUCGUAG